CAGACCCGUCCUGGAGGGUGGGUAGAGGGUUUUGUUUCCGUGACGAGGACGUGGGGGUGCUUCCGGGGUGCUUCCGGGGUGCGAGCAGUGCGUUGGCCCGCGGGCAUGGACGAGGACGGGUUGCCCAUCGUGGGCUCUGGCAUCGACCUCACUAAGGUUCCUGCUAUUCAGCAGAAAAGAACUGUAGCAUUUCUAAACCAAUUUGUGGUUCACACAGUGCAGUUUCUGAAUCGCUUCUCUACUGUUUGUGAAGAGAAAUUGUCAGCGCUCUCUCUCCGUAUCCAGCAAAUUGAAACAACACUCAAUAUUUUGGAUGCAAAGUUAUCCUCUAUUCCUGGCUUAGAAGAUGUCAAAUUUGAAGUGUCCAGUGCAAAUCUGAAUGGUGCUACAAAUAGUCCGAUGGCACCAGCUACUACGGAUCAGCAGGCAGCUGUAUCACCUCAAUGUGGAAAUGAUAAACAUGAAGAGGCACUACAGAAAACAGAGAUAGUAACAGAAAAUAUGAGAACUGUGGCCAAAGACCCAAGAUAUGCCAGAUAUCUCAAAAUGGUACAAGUGGGUGUUCCUGUUAUGGCCAUACGAAACAAAAUGAUUUCUGAGGGGCUAAAUCCAGAUCUUCUUGAGACUCCAGAUGCCCCAGUGCCUGCUUGGGGAGAUGAUGGGAAUGCAGAAGGCAGUUCUGAUAGUGAAUCUUCUUUUAGUGAUUAAAGAGACUGAUUUCAGCCUUUGGAAACCUCCAUUAAGUGCUAAUGUGUUUGGAGCUUUUGCAAAUAAUGAUUUUGCUUGCUUCAUAUGGGUGACGUGAUUUAUCUGACAGCUCUUCUUAGCACUAAGAUCUUCUGUGUUCUCUCCCAAGAUGUUUGGACAGGCAACGUGUUCGACCUGAACCUUUCCAUCAUGAAAAUUGAUUACGAUAUCCUUGUGAUGUUUGUCCUUUGUUAUUUCAGAUUCUUUCUGAUUCUUCUGGAGUAACCUAAAAAAACUCAAAAAUUCCACUCCUUUAAACCUCCAGGUCUGUAAGACUGCAUUCUGUUCAUUCUUGGGUUUCUGUGUAAGACUUCUAAUCUAAGUUGCCUUCUGUCCCACAGCAUUCAGCUAAAGUAACUUAUCAAAAUUUAUGUGUAAACUUAUAACCUCGGCUACGCAUUUAAAAUACCUAUUUAUAAAGUAUAUACUGCUAUUUAAUUUCAUGGUAGAGGUUAUGCAAAGCCAUUAAAUAAAUUCCUGCUCUUUAGAGUAAUUAUUUAUGAAAUUCAGGUUACAGUGGUGUAGGAAACUACAGAUACUGCAAGGUGUUUUUUUAAAUGACACUGGGAGAAGCAGGUGACCGAGACACUGUUAACAGAAUACCAGAUUCUCACUUCUUGUUCAUUGUCACACUGGUCAAUAAAAAACAUUUUAUGACAGCUGUUGGCUUGUUGGAAAGAAGUUGUUGCUAUGCGGUUCACCUAGGAUAGAAAAUCAUCUCUACGUUGGUGCCCUGGCUGAUAUUUUCAGCAAAGAAGUCAAAAUUCAGUUUAUAUUAUGGUAAAACUACCUUGCUACCGUUUGAGGAUGCAUUGGGUAACAAUAUGAAGAAAUCAACUUGGAGCGAGACUGGCCCUGAAGACUUCCCUCCAAAGCACUUAAUCUACUGCAUGAGUCAAAAAUGACAUUUCAUUAAAGAAUCUUCUUUAAUAUAAUUUGUUCCACAUUAAAUUCUUCAAAAUCUAUUUGAAGUCCCCAGACUAUUGUGAUUAUAGCGGAAUAGUGUGGGCCAGGCAAUCAGUCACUUUCUGGUAUUUCACAUUCUUCCCAAGACCAAGAAAAUACUAAAAUUGAAUCUCUAAGUGUGUAAAUUUGUUAGCCUUUAUGGCUGAGUCACUAUCUCCUCUCUUAGUUAUUUGUGUCACUUCAAUAGGCUAGCUGAUUUUUUUUUUCCUGUAACUUAAGCAUGGCUCCCAUUUGAGUCAAGCAGAUGUAUUCAAGCUCUUCAUAGCCUGUAAAUCAGAAUAUAAUCUGAAUCCCUUGGAGGAAAGUAUAUAGGCACUAGACAAUGUCUAGAGGUGGUUUCAGUGAUGAGUUAAUUAUUAUUGAACACAAAAAUAUUCAAUAGCUAACACUUGGCAAAACUUGACAAAUGUUAACAUAUUAGCAAUAAAUAUUUCAGAAGUAUAUGUUAUAAUGUUAUUUCAGAAAUAUAUUAAAACUUUUUGAAAUCUAUAUUUGAAAGCUCAUUUAAGUGAUCUGUAUAAUAAAAGCAAUGUUUUUGUAAACCAG